AUGGAUCACCACAUGCCUCCCACCAAUGUGACUGAAUUUAUUCUCUUGGGACUCACACAGAACCCACACUUGCAGAAAAUACUCUUCUUUGUCUUCUUACUCAUUUUCCUAUUUACUGUGCUGGCCAAUCUGCUCAUUGUUGUCACCAUCUCCCUCAGCCCUGUGUUGUCAGCUCCCAUGUACUUCUUUCUCACUUACUUGUCAUUCAUAGAUGGCUGCUACACUUGUGUCACCACCCCUAAAAUGAUCAUUGACCUGCUCUACCAGAGGAGGACUUUCUCUUUGGGUGGCUGCCUGACUCAGCUCUUCGUGGAGCACCUCCUGGGAGGUUCAGAGAUCAUCCUCCUCAUUGUCAUGGCCUAUGACCGCUAUGUGGCCAUUUGCAAGCCCCUGCACUACAUGACAAUUAUGCGGCAGGGGCUCUGCUACCUUCUGGUGGUGGUAGCCUGGAUUGGAGGGAUCCUGCAUGCUACUGUGCAAAUUCUUUUCAUGAUCAACCUACCCUUCUGUGGUCCCAAUGUUAUUGACCACUUCAUGUGUGAUCUCUUCCCAUUGUUGAAGCUUGCCUGCAGAGAUACUUAUAGGCUUGGAAUGGUAGUGGCAGCCAACAGUGGAGCUAUGUGCUUGCUCAUUCUUUCCAUGUUACUUGUCUCCUAUGCAGUUGUCCUGAACUCCCUGAAAUGUCAUGGAUCUGAAGGACGGCGCAAAGCCCUCUCCACAUGUGGCUCCCAUUUCACAGUUGUUGUUCUCUUUUUUGUUCCCUGUAUAUUCACCUACAUGCAGCCUGUGGUUACCUACCCUGUGGAUAAGUGGGUGACUGUGUUUUUUGCAAUCCUCACUCCCAUGUUUAAUCCUAUAAUUUACACAGUGAGAAACACAGAGGUGAAAAAUGCCAUUAGGAAUUUGCUGAAGAGGACAGUAAUGUAG